AUGGCCGUAACUGAAGCACCAACUACCCCUCCAUCUCGGCGCUCGAAAGGUGGCCAGAUUCAAUUUCUACCGCCGCUAUCCCAGCAAUUCUUGACGGAUCCCAACUUGUCCAAUUCCACCUCGGGUCCCAAGCAGGCGUCUGCAGAUGAAGAUGCUGCUAUUGGCAAAGAUACUGCGGCAGAGAAGGGAGAUGCUGGAAAGUGCCACAGCCCAUCGAAGGCAAAUCGGGUCAUACAGAAGAAGGAACCAGAGUUCUACGAAGUGGAUAUUCGCCCCUGGAGCAAGGAAGAGGUUUACGAAGGUGCUAUGUCGGCCUUCGACGACGAAGACUUUGCUAACUACAUUUCGGAUCAUUUCGAAGGCCAGAAGAGUCAAAUCCACCCUCCCCAACGAUUCGCAAUGGCCAGAGCACCGCCCAAGAAUGACCGCACCGCAAUUUCUUUGCCCUUACUUCAUGCCUUGGCAUUAGCAUUCCCACUGCAGGAACUGACGAGAAUGGGAUUCAUUAUCGCCCGGAAGAGAGGAGGAGAACUCGCCAUUUUGAUGACCGAUAGAUGCAAGGACGUUAUCUACUCUCGAACUAUGCACAGGCGCAAGGGCUACGUUCCAUGGAGGCCGCGAACAAACCGGAAGCAUGCAGUUAAUGACGAGGACCUCGUUCCUGAAACCUCGUCUCCUUUUCCAACGGACAGUGCACAACUGAUAUAUGUCAACGACAAGGCUCUUUCACCCCCACCUUCGCCCAUGAAACUCUGCAAUGACGAAGAUACCGCCCAAUUUGGCUUCAAUAAACUGGGUAAAGUAAAGUCCGAGGACGUCGAGAUGAUGGUUGAUGUGGACAAACCUGACUCAGAUGAGGACUUCCCUUUCUACGACCGUGUUUUCAAUGGAAAAGAUACGACGACGGUGGAAGAUGAUAUUCUCGCCUUGAUCUGA